UGUCACUACGAAACUCGCGCAGAUAACGUCGGAUUACUUGACAAGCCAGAAGCUCAAGUAUUGGAACGACUUUUUGGCCGUGUUUUACAUGGCGGAUCAGAUAGCCCACUUGGCGAAUCAGCAACUCGAUGGAAUGUUCAAGGAAGGGAGCAUUCUCGUGCGACACGUUGCUCUGGAUGUCCCGAGUCUCGAGGCCAUUGUCUCCGACCUUCUGGGAUUCAUACCCGACAUUAUACGGAUGGGUUUGAACGUUCUGCAGACCGAUCUGGGUCCCCUAGUGGAAAAGCUCGAGCAGAACAGGGUGAGGAGGUUUUACGUGCCCUGCCAAGUGGGGACCUUCGCGGACUUGUUGUCGGUGGAAAACACGGACGUCCUGCGGAAACUGGAGCGGCGGAUAUGCCAGCAAAUUCCCCUCCUCAUGACGCAGUUCUUCCAGGAACCACAUGUGGCGGCAAUUUCGAAAAUGGUACAAGACGUGAAUCACGGAAUAGAAGUAUCUCUCAACUGGGUUGAUGCUGGCUCGCACAUGUUUGCUCUGCUCAAAAACGUCGAUCGCAUCAAAGGGUUCAGAGGCUCUGUAUUUCCCGAUGUCCCGGCGUUGCACGAUGGAAAAUUGAAAGAUGCCCUGGAGGACGCGAGAGCUACCAUUGGAAUUGACGACACUCCCCAAAGCAAGACGACCGCUGCGCUGCAGUUGGUGAGUGUGGCCGUUGAAGAACUGGAUACAAGCCUCAAUUACACUCUCGCCCCAUACCUAAUAAGCAUGGCGUCGUUCCUGUCGGCCUCAGACAAUACAUCUUCCCCUCUCCAAGACAGACGGGAGACCAGCGUGACGGAAAUAUUCAGCUCUGAUACAGAAGUAAAACAGUUGGUCCAAUGGGCAAAUAACUAUUUUGUGAAGCUCUUGGAGGUCUUCUUUAAUACUCUUGCAACGGAGCCGAGAAAGAUAUCCCGAAUAUUGAAGCAGAAGGACGGAAUCGAAGUUCUUUGCAGCAACGACGUGGAAAGCUAUUUGUCUGUGCCCCCACAUGAGAAGGAAUUGACUAGUUCGGCCAUCUUUGAGCUUUGCGCGAUCAAUUUCACCGUUGUUUACAACACUUUGAAGAGGAGCAACAACUACACGGAGGUUCCCAUUCAUAGACAAACAGGUUGGUUCUUCAGGACGUUACAGCACAUCUUGGACGCUGUUCACAAGCAAAAGUUGGCACCUAUGGCUUCGCAGAUGUUGAAUGGCACGCAGUGGCAUCAUUUCAUUGGAGACAAUUUCUGGAGCUCUAGAUCUGCAACCAACCGAUUAAAAGUGCUCUCAGUACUGAAAGGAGUGACAAUUGUUUUCGAAGACAAUCCAUCAGCAUUGGCGUCUAUAUACACCACUGCUUCAAAAAUCACCUGCAAGCUAAGAGCUCCAUUUAGACUUCUAAGAUGGAAUCGUUUGUUUGAGCACAACAUGGACCGGAUCAAUAUCUAUUCAAUUUUGAAACUGGUAAAUGGAAGCAUUGACAUUGUGAACACCGUAUUCGACACCGUGAUGGAACCAUCACUGAUCAAAUGCAUAGUACAAGAUUUUGGAAUGUCUUCAAAUGGACUGGGAGACUUCUGCUCUCUGCAACCUAAGGAGUGGUCCAAGUACUUUGCUCUGGACAGACAAAAUUCAGCCCCCCCAAAAGACAACAUUCGACACCUUACCUGCAAAUUCAGUCCUGCCAAGUUGGUGGAGGAACUAAAACCGAACUGCCAGAAAGAACUACAGGUUGACGUGAGAGAUAUGAAAGCUGAAAAUACCUUUUAUGAAGAGUCUCUGGCUAUAUAUGAUGAACUUUCCAUGUCCUUCGCAUCUGGCACUACGGGAGGCGCUUCUGUCUGGGAUGGCGAAGAGUGGCGCAAGACCUUUCAGGGAUUUCAACAUCGAUUGCGGAAUGGACUCAUCAAGAUGGACUUGCAAAAAUUGGAAAGCUGGCUGAUCUUGUUUAAAAGGCAAUUCCUUGGGGAGAAAUCUACUGAAAGCACCACACGUUUCACUGGUCUCCUUAAGUACUGGACAGAGGAGUUGACCAGGCGCUAUAAAGGUACAUCCCCAAUACCCCUGGAACAGGCAUUUCGAGACAAGCCAAAUGUAAUGUCCUUUUUGAUGACAUGGCUGCCAAUAUUACCGACGGCCACCGAGUCUCUGAUGUCUUCAUUGCUUGUACACCGGGAAUCAAAGGCGCCUCUCACGGACUUGCUUCGAAUUCAAGAGCGUGUGUGCAAAACAUGGGACCCCGCCAACCUGACAUCUGAAAACCUACGGCAAUCCUUAUUCACCGCCGCAGUUUGUGACAGUGACUUUACAACGAUCAGUCGGGAGCUCACGACAGAAGGCGUGAACAUGCAGGCUGACAACGUCGACGCCUUGGAAAGCAGAAACACAGUGAUGAAUCUGUUGAAUUUGCUGCGCAGAAUGACAGCUCAGUUGGGGACUCUCGGUGACACUGAGAGCGCGUUGAAGACAAAUCGGGGGUUGGGGCUAGACCCAUGGGAGACACUGAAUGUCUACAACGCGUUGCUGGAAGCCGACGAGGAUUGGAACUCGCCGACCACUGAGAUCGCAAUACGGACGCUUCUCCGGUGGAAACAGUCGCUGCAUGUCCCGGACAGUAAGACAGCUUGGGAAACAAUCAACAUAUUCAUGAAGUCUGUGAUGGAGAAGAUGCAAAAGAAGGAGAGCACAGAGGAGCUAUUGGAACACAUGAGGAAGUUUCAUUACUAUACUUCGUUCAUAUCUAAGGGACCAAUGGAAGAUACGGCGUUGCUCACAAAUGCUUUUUCGCUGGAAAACUGGGACAACUUCGAACAGUACGUCAACACGCUAAACUCCUCGAGGGAAAGCUUCCGUCUUGAGUUUGGUUGGAGCAACACAUCAUUGGAUUGGACUAUCAGAGCAGAUAUCAGGAGGAUAGCAUCGCUCCCCGAAGAUGUGGUGACGGGGUACAGUGUCAAUCAAAGCACCCCUUUGAAACUUCUUAAUGACAGAAGGCUGGUCGGCACCGUGGAACGACUUCUGGCCAACUACGCGAACCGGCCAGUACACAGUGUCGUACGUCUCCUUCUGAGCACAUCGUGGAUGUUGCAUCAAAGCGCAAGCAACCUACGUGCCUGGAAUACAAUAGUACCGCCAUUUCUUGAUAUGGCUGAACGUUUCAACGCCUACGUAGAACGAGUACCCACAAAGAAUGCCUUCGUGACGGAUGCCACCGAGCGUCUGUGUUCGACAUGUGAAGACCCUGACGUUCUGAAAGAAGUGAUUACUUUUCUUAUUUGUUAA